CGCAAACCCAGCGCGCGGAUUGCGGGCGGUCUGAGCGUUUACUUGGAACCCGGCUUGAGGAACGAGUCAGCAGAAACACUGCCAGGGCCUUCCACUGUGUUUUGGAUGAUGUGGUAGCACAGCAUAAAACUCCCUCAACUUCCUGGUUCCCACUGCUGUCCCGUCCGCCACCAAGCUGGAAGCACCCUGGACAGUGGCAUGAAAUCACUGACUCAACUAUUUGUACCCCUGACUUGUUCUGACCCCGGCAUAGGGAGCAUUGACCUUUCCUUCGUCAGGCCAAAGAUGCCUCUCUUUGGGAAUACGUUCAGUCCAAAGAAGACUCCGCCUCGGAAGUCUGCUUCUCUCUCCAACCUGCAUAAUUUGGAUCGAUCAACCCGCGAGGUGGAGCUGGGCCUUGACUAUGGAACCCCCUCUAUGAACCUGGCGGGACAAAGCCUGAAGUUUGAAAAUGGCCAUUGGGUAACAGAGACAGGGAUUAGCGGAAGUGUGGACCAGAGGGAGGCUCAGCGCCUCCGGAAACGGAACCAGCAGUUAGAAGAAGAGAAUAAUCUCUUACAGGUGAAAGUGGACAUCCUGCUUGACAUGUUCUCUGAGACCACGGCUGAAUUCCAAAUAAUGAAGAAGGAAUUGGAUGAACUGAAGAGUGUCAACCGGAGAAGGAAAUGAAGAUCCAAAGACAUUCAUUAGAAUAGGGAGAACUCUGCUGUUCAGAGGAGUAGAAUAUAGCUGAGGGUUUUUUGUUUUUAGCCAAACUAGUGGAUUAGGUCCUGGGAGAGAGUACCAUAUAAUUGAGCCAGAAGGCACUGGCACCCUUGAGUUGGCAAUAGAAAGGUGAUGACACAAUGGAGGAAAACAGGGUUCCAGGCCAGGGCAGUAAAUAGCAAGAACUCUGGCUGCACAGUUCAGGGAGGCCAGUCUGCACUAGGCCUCGGGGAGGUCUGGAGCGAUGGUAGGACUUUGAGUGCUCUCCAGUCACUUAACAUACAAAUGCACCUGUCCCAGGUUCACUCUCAUGGAUGGACACUCUUGGGAGAAGCAGCUGGAGUUCAUCAUAGCGUCCCCUUACAUUGAUGUUUGGGGUGUGGCUGCAGUUCCAAGGAGCCCUGGAUCAGGGAGUCUCAGGAGCAGCAAUCCUGGUCCUCUGCCCUUCUGGCCACUCUCUUCGUCCUGUUAAGAGUACCCAUUCCCAAGAUCCACAACCUCUGGCUUCAGCUUCUCAGCAGCAAGCAUCAGUCUUCCAUGCAACACUAUAUUUUUGUGCUACUUUCUUGUUUAUACUACUAUUUAAAAUUAAAUGAUGUUAUAUCAUCUACGUAGCCAGAGUGAAAAAAGAAGCAUCAGUUCUUGAAGGAAUAAGUGGAGCCUGGAGUCUAAGCUUCUGUUGCCCCAUCCAAAGACAGCAUUUUUAAGUUGGGAGGAAAUGUCAUCAUUGCAGGAAAAGCACUCCAGCUCAUGGAGCACUGGCGGAGGCUGCCCUGGGACAGCUCUGUGCCCGAUUCCCCUGCUCUCCUCCAGGGAGUUGGGACCAGCCUGGAUCUGGCAGGGACCAAGUGGUUGGGGUGGGUGCUGGAUUCCUAGAGUGGGAAUUUGUGCCAGAGCCAGUGACCUGAACUGUUCUGAUGGGGAGGAAGCCAGUCAGUAAGAGGGAAUCCAGCUCCCAAAGUCAAUGGGGAGGGCACUGAAGGUGGGGACAUCGAGCCCAAGGCUUUUGUCCAGGGAGAACUACCAUGGUCAGCAGUUACAUGCCUGGGAACAGGGCUCCGGUCCUUGCACACAUUCUCAUUUCCUCCUCAGGUCAGCCCUGUGGAGCAGGGACUAUCAUACCUAUUUGCAGACAAGGAACAAAACUCGGAGGUUCAGAAACUGGUGUAGUGUCAGAGAGUGGAAGUGGAGGAUCCAGCGGACUCGGCGGUCCAUGAAAGGAGCUAGGUGGGGGACCGCCUCAGACGGAGGCUGCUGUUUGUAGUUCAUCCUUACGGAUAGAUGUGGGAUGGGUAGCUCCAGCCCAUACCCUUACUUUCUGAGGAGAGAGAACAACAUGGAAGAAAUUGGAGAAGGAUACAGAUAUACACAGGGCGUAAAUUUCCAGGUGCAGGCAACAGGAUCAAUGGAGUUUGCUUAUUCCUAGACCACUAUCAUUAGCAAACAUUUAUUGAGUACACUUGAUGCCAGGAACCUAUUUCUGAUUCUCUCGAGAAUUCUUAAAC